AUGAGCCUGACAGCAACUGUACCAAUGCACGACGACCUUCCUUCCCCCAAUCCAUCUCUGGCCCCCUCGUCAGACCUCUCCCUCUCCACCUCCUCACUCGACCAUGACGACCACGACCUCUCCGAAACCGACGUCGACGUCGAUGUCGACAUGGACACAGACAAAGAAACCCUCGCCAAAAUCCACGAGAAACUAGCACACAUCAACGACCUCUACGCCUCCGGACAGCCGCUCUUCCCGCGCUCGCUCCUCGCCUCUCUAGACGCGCAAAUCGAGAACGCCAACGCCACCACGAAGGCCAGCGAAGCAAACACCGAUACCGAGACCGAAGAGACCGGAAACAGCGCCAAACAAGUCACAAUCCCAGACCUCGACAGCUCCCCACACACCUACAGCCUCCGCGUGCCCUCCUGGUGCGCGGACUUCGCGUCAACCUAUCGCAUCAGCUACAGCAGCAUUCAGAACCUCACCUGCAUCCACCCGAGUUUUCCGGAGGUGCUUCUGCGCGACUCCUCGCCCGUCAGUAUAUGCUACACAUCGAGCCCGGAGGCCGGGCAUGGGUUCAGCGGGGCGGAGGUUGCCGAGAGGUUCGCGGAGAGCGUGAGGAAGUGGGAGUGUAGUUCGACGUGCGGGGAUCUGAAGAGGGCUCUGGGGGAGUUGGUGGGGCGCGGCAAGUUGAGCAGGGUGCGCAAGAUCGUGUGCUUUGGGUUGGGCAGCUUGAGUGCGCACUUGGGGCUGGGGUUGAGUGGGGACGAGUAUGAGUUUACUGUUGGGAGGGCGCAUGCGCAGCAUGCGGCUGUUGGGACGAUGGUGGGGGUGCUCCGGCAAGCGGAUCAGGGUAUGUGUUUGGGGGAGACGGGGGAGGCGAAUGGUGAGGAAGGCGGCGCGGAUGGGAACGGACAGGGACAGGACAGGGAUCCCAUGGCUGCGGCUAUGAGAGACGGAGAGGAGACGGGGACGCAGACGGAGAUAAAAUGCUACGCGCAAGACCCGGCCUACAACGACACCGACCAGGCCCUGCUCCGGAGCAUCGGGAUCCAGCCCCUUGACGAUCCAAAGGGGUUUCUUGCGAUCGACGAAGAAACGCUCGUGUUCAGCGUCAGCCCGAAUGUCCCCGUUAAACAGAUCGUCGCCGAUGUGCAGUGGCCCGGGGCCAUGCUUUGGAAUACGGUUUGCGCGGAGGAGAGGGAUAGCAAGUGGGAGAAGAAGGUGCGCGAUGGAGAGGAGGUUUGGAUUACGCCGUUUACGACCGAUCCGGAUUCGCAGCGGGUGAGGGAUAUGGUAAAGCAUUAUACGAGUGUGCCGCUGCGUGACUCGAAUGAGUGGUUCGGCGAUUUGACCAUCUAUGCUCGAUGA